AUGUCUACGCUAUCUCUUUUUAAAAAAACAAGCGCAACUAGCGCACCCGUUCUUGCUCAAGCCAAAAGUGAAAUGACCAACAUUCCUCGACCCAACAUAGAAUACCCAGCAGAAUCCAAAGGUGUUGACACUGUUUCUAAACAAGCCCAUGAAAACACUAAUCUAGAAAAAGUCGCCGUUGAUUUGGAAAUGAUAAGCAUCGAUGAUAUAUCAAACGAAAUCCAAACUACCCAACCAGAAUAUGAUACUUCAAUGGGCACCAAUACUGAGGCAUAUGAUGUUCAACCACGCUUGUCUGUUAAAAUAUCUGCAUCUCAUAGCACAACAGAAACUGUGGAUGAACCUAUUACAAUUACAAACAAUAUAAACCAAUAUCCAUGCGCAACAAUUCCUCCACCUUCUAUUCAAUCACAGACUUUUAUUGAGUUGGAAAACAAUAUUGCGACGAAUGAAAUGGUUGCGGAUACAUGUAACAAUUUAACUCAAAUCAAAGAAUGCGAUCAAGAAGUGCAAAAUAUGUGUUUUAUGGAAAAUAUGCAACUAGAAAAACAAUUGGAGUUGUCCAGAAAUCAAAUACUUGAAUUAAAACGCUGUUUGGCGGAUGCUUUAUCUGCACAACGAGUGCCUGUAUCGGCAAUAAGAAGUCGAGAUCCGGUAAAAGAGAACAAUGGCAUUCCACCACGCCCCACUAUUCAUUCAAUGUUGAGAUCCAAACCACCAUUGAUCCCAGUUAGUCCAAAUCAAGUCGCAAAAGGGUUAUCAGAUUCAUCGUCUUCUCAAACACUGUGUUCAUCAAUUUCGACAAUUCAAAAACAAAUUCUGAACGAUCCAACUCCAACACAAAAUGAAUUGGGUUCCAGUGUGUCUGAUGCAACCCUAUUUUGCCCAUUUCAUACCCAACACAUUGAUUUUCUGGAAACAUUAUUAGCGCAAACAAGUGAUAAGCUCACAGAAACAACCAAAAUAUACGAGAGACGCUGUGAAAGACUUAAAAUGUUUCUCACAAAGCAAAAAACAGAAUCCACAGUACGAAUAUUUGAAUUAGAGACCCAAUUAAAUGCUUUAAAGUCACGUUUGUUGGUAUCCAAGUCGCCAAUGCUCUUGCCAACCGAAUCGACUGCAUCUUUGAAAGGAGUAUCACCGCCAUCUUCAAUGAUGCUGCAUGAACUUCCCCCGCUUUCCGGUCAUGAUGUACGAUUAUCAUCAUCAAAAGAUGUUGUCAUGCUAAAGCAUCAGCUAGAAUCAAAGGAUUUGCUAAUUCGAGCCCUGUCUAUGCAGGUGGAUGCACUUGGUCAAAAUCACACUCUUGAAAAUAAAUGAAACAAUGGCUUAUAUAAAAUAAACCACAUUCAUUUAAUC